AUGGAUUCGAACGCAGCCUACACUAUUAAAACCAUUCAACAGAAUCCUGCGGACAUUUUGUCCCGCGGGGAUAAUCCCCGUCAUUUGCAGUCCUUCCAACUUUGGUGGAAUGGACCGACCUUUUUAACUAGGACUGAUUUACCGUACGAGCAUUUAAAUGAUUCGUCACAUGUUGAUUUGCCGGAACUAAAGUUAACAUGUUGUCUUGCGACCAAAAAUUCCACCGAAUUUCUACUACGUUACUCGGACUUUGAUAAAUUGUGUAGAAUUACUGCCAUAAUAAUGCGAUUUAUUCAGAAUUUGAGAAAUAAGGACAAUAAAAAAUCUGAUCAUGUAACAAGCAAAGAAAUCAUAGAAGCACAUAAUUUAAUAAUAAAAUUAGUUCAAAAAGAAGCUUUUCAGGAUGAUAUACAUCAACUUAAGUUGCAUAAUCAAAUCACGAGUAACAGUAAAUUAAAAGGUUUAAAUCCGUUUAUUGAUAAUUCUGGUUUUUUAAGAGUUGGUGGUAGACUAAAUCAUGCUAAAAUCAGUAAUGAUCGCAAGCAUCAGUUGUUAUUGCCGAGAGACCAUUUUGUUACUCGGAACCUUGUCUGCAGUACGCUGCAAAUAUUGGCCCAUUUCAGCCAAAAAUACAAUUCGACGAACAAUAUUCAAGUGUCUAAAAUGUUACCGCUGCAAGCCGGUGUAGACUAUGGUGGUCCUUUUAUUUUAAAAAAUGGACACGGCAGAACCCAAAAAACCAUCAAGGGUUAUGUCGCUGUUUUUGUUUGCUUCAGCACUCGUGCCGUGCACAUCGAGCUCGUAUGCGAGUGCUCAUCUUUAGCGUUUUUAAAUGCAUUGAAAAGGUUUAUUUCACGCAGAGGUCAACCUCAUGAGCUCCAUUCUGAUAAUGUUCUUAAAUCUUUAACGAAUAUGGGUAUUAAUUGGCAGUUCAUUCCUCCGCACGCUCCACACAUGGGUGGGAUAUGGGAGGCAGCGAUAAAAUCUGUAAAGGGUCAUUUAAGGCGCAUUCUAGGCAACGUUCUUCUCCAUUACGAAGAAAUGAACACGAUUUUAAUUAUGAUAGAGGCAUGCUUAAAUUCCCGACCUAUUACUCCACUUUCAAAUGAUCCAAACGACCUCUCCGCUCUCACCCCUGCUCAUUUCCUCAUUGGUGGUCCACUGACUGCACCCGCAGAAGAAGACUGUAGCGACAUACCUACCAAUCGCCUGAUUCGCUACCAACUUCUGGAGAAAAUUCGCCAAGAUUUCUGGAGACGUUGGUCGCGCGAAUAUCUCCACUCGUUACAACACAGGGCGAAAUGGCAACGAGUUCCAGCGCGACAGCCACAAAUUGGAGACCUGGUAAUAAUCUGCGAGGACGGCAUCCCACCCCAACAAUGGCCUCUUGGUCGUAUACAGGAACUGCACCCGGGAAGCGACAAUCAGUGCCGCGUAGCAACGGUGAAAACAGUGCGCGGAGUGCAUAAAAGGCCUGUAACCAAACUUUGUGCUGUGCCAGUUCAGUGA